AUGACAGAUCCCCAGGUCAUUUCAGAUGAUGGCUCUGAGGAAGUGGAGGAAGAGACAAGAAGAAUCAGAGAACAUUUUAUCAUAGAUGAAAAUGAGGAUGAGGAGGAAGACAAUGACAAUGAUGAGGCAAGGCAUGACAAAGGAAGUGGUGCAAGAGGAGAUAUUGGAGACAAGGAGGCCUUGGAAGAAGACUACUAG